AUCAGAGAUGGUAUUUCUGAUAGAUUGGGCAUUUCCUCUCGUAGAACCUCUUCAAGAUGAAGAGAUGAACCAACCAUUAGGCAAAGGCCUUAUUGAUUUCCUUUGAAUACAAGUGCUGUGAAUCAAGGAAAUGCAGGCAGUGGUGUGUGUGGUUGAUGUUAAAUUGACAAAAAGCUAUGGACUCUAAUCCUGCUGUUGUAGUCUGGUUGCAGUUGGACUUUUAGCUAACUCUUGUUAUGUUUUUAGAUGUUCAUAUUUGUUUGUGGAAAAUGGCACUGAGAGAGGCUUUGAACAAUAAAUAAACUGGAACUUGUUGUUUCCAGUAUUAACGCUUGUUAUGUUUUUAGAUGUUCAUAUUUGUUUGUGGAAAAUGGCACUGAGAGAGGCUUUGAACAAUAAAUAAACUGGAACUUGUUGUUUCCAGUAGCUAGUUAGUAACUGGGCAUUUAGUCAUCCAAGUUUGGCUAGUUCUCUGGAACACCAACUGAAGACUUAUAUGGUGUUCAGAUUCUUGUUAUAUAUCACCUUUUGAUAUCAAUUAUACUCCUCUAUCAGGUCAAAAUCUUUCAUUCUCUUGAGUGUGUGUCUAUGGAGGCCUUGACUGUUUACAUAUCUAGGCAGUUAUGUGAAUUUGUAUGGCAUGAUGCUAUUCAGCCCUGGAGUUAAUCUCAGCUCUUGCUAUUGGUUUCCUUGGUUUGAAAGCCAUAUUUUUAGUUGGAAAAUCUAAUGGUAUUACUGCUCUGGCAAAAUUUGUGGCCUUAAUGCACUAACUUCAUGAAUGAGGACAGGUUAGUUAAAUUGUAGUUUUCAAAGUUCAUGUUGUCCAAUAUUGAAUCUUUCCCCCUCAUGAUUUAUAAAUUGUCCUCUAUUAUUGUGAGCAGUAGGUACACGAUUUAUUGGGACAACUAUAUUUCCCUUCGGUUUAAUGUAUGAAAUGUAUCUUCAGCUCUUAUGGAACUAUAUUUCGUUGAAUACAAAUUAGUCUUACAUGCAUUCCUAUCCAUGGGACCUGGAAAAGAGAGCACUAAAUCUAUCCAUGCCAAGAGCAUUAUAUAAAUUAAGCUGUAAAGGUUGUCCUUUACAUUUCUUGCAAAGAAACAAUUUACUUAAACUGCGAAUGAUCCCCAUAUAUUGAAAGAUUCUAUGGAAAUAAAUUGCUGCAGCAUAUAAGCCUGUGAUCUUGUCAACCUGGGUUGGAUGUGAUUCUCAAUAGAUUUUCUAGUCCCCAGCCUUACAAAGAAGAACCACAUGGCAAGGACUCCUGUUUGACUUGAUGGACUGGAGCUCUCACGCAGCUUUCUUCCUAAAUCGACAUUGGCAAGGAAAUUAAGACCUAGAUAUGAACUUGUAACUUGUAAAAAUUGCUCCCAGAAAAUUUCAGGGACAAUCUCAUAUCUUUAUAAUUUCAGAAUCAGUGUUUCUCUUUUUUUUUUUAAGAACAGUAAUUCUUCUUUUACUAGUUGAAUAAAAAAACAUGCAUGUUCAUUUUGACAGUAAAUGAAAGAGACAGGUACAGUUGAUAUCCCUUUGUUUCAACACUGAACUGCUUGCACAAGGCUCCUGUUAAUAUGUGAAACCACUGCUUUUAUGAUUCCGACAGGAAUCACCCAAGUUGCAAAUUACAAAGGAGGCUUGAAUUAGAUAUAUAUGUCACACAGAUACAGGUAUGUACUUUAUUAGUUGAAUUAUAGAUUCCAUUAAUAAUUGCUCCUUUUUAUAUAGACUUGAAUGAAAUUUAUAGGCCACACAAACACAGGGAUGAGCUUUAUUAGUUGUUCCAUAGAUUCCACAAUAAUUGUUGGCCCCUGGGUUUCUAGUCCUAAUUCAUUACAUCAACUUCUUCUUUUUCUUCUCUGAACAUUCAGUGAACCAACUUCUUGACAAGGAAACUCCACAGCAGCUGAGAUGGGCUUUGGUGGGAAGAGCUUGACGUCUGGAUUCACCUGCAUGGCUACUGCAUAUGUGACUUGGCUUCAUCAAGGUACUGUCUCUCUGAGGCUUUAGCGGAGAUGUGGUCACCGUCCACCACCAGCAAGGACCUAGACGCCGGAUCUCCGCGGUACGGUCGGCCGCUGCCACGGAAGAGCAGACCCAUUCGCAUUGACGAGCGGGCAUCGCCGUCCCGCCCCUCCUCCUCCGCAGUCCCCUUCUCGUGGGAGCACCGGCCGGGCAUCCCCAAGACCUCCGGCCCCCUCACCUCCCGCCCGACAGGGCCCCUCCUCCCCCUCCCUCCCUCUCUCAGAUCCGCCCCCGCCGGCAACUCGCGCAAGAAGCGACCCGUCGCCACCUCCGCCGCUGACCCCUUCGCGACGGCGCUCACCGAGUGCGCCAAGGACCCGGCAGGCCCCGCCAUCGAGGAGCUCCUCGCGAGGGGCGGUGGUUCGGUCGUCGAGCGGCGCCGGAGAGGGCCAGCGGCGGCGUGGUCCGUCUCCGACCGCCUCGGGCUCUUCGGCCUCUACGCCUCGUGCAAGGCGACAUGCGCGGUCGCCGACUCGGCCGUCCGCGUUCCCCGGUCCGGGCCGUCGAACCACUGCCCGGUCCAAAGAUAAGGUUUCGGCCUUUCAAAGAAUCUGAUGGUCAUGGCCCUUUUGAUUGGGACAGAGCACAGUUGAGUUGAGAUCAACGUCACCGGAUACACGAUGAUGGCUGAUGUGCUGUUGUUCCUGGUCUAAGGAGUCAAUCGAGAUGGUGUCGUAGAGCUCUCGUGCAUUGCUUCCUUUUUGUGCCUAAUAAAAUUCUUCGAUCGUCUUUUGCUUUGUCAAUACUGCUGGUGUUAUGUAAACUAUACUGCUACUAACAUUCUUCUCGGAUUAGCCUUC